AUGAAAAUAAAACUUCUUAUAAUUGUUUUAUAUUUCAUAUUUAUGAGAAUCAAAUGUGAAUGUUUAAGAAUAAGAAGAAAACCGUAUUUCAGUAUAUUAAAUAAAAAUGAUAUCAAUGCAAAUAUAGCUAAGAACAAAUUUAUUAAUAAUGAUACAACAAAUCACAAAAAUAUAAUUAACCAAAAUAAUAAUAAAAAGGAAAGUAAGUUUAUUCAUUAUGAAAAUAAUAAAAAAAUAUCAAUAGAUCCUUUAUUUGAUUCAGUUUGUAAGAAUGUAAGUGUUAGUGAAGCUUGUUUAUAUAAUAUGCAAGGGUUUUUUAAUAAAAUAAUUUUUAAUAAUGAAAAUAAUAAAUUAUUUUGUGGAAUAUUAUAUGGAAAAUAUGAAAAUGAUAAUUCUGUAAAAAUCGAAAAUGUAUUUUUUUCUACAAACAGUUCUCAUCAUGAUUAUAAUGUAGAUUAUCUUCUAAAUAGUAAUGAUCGAGAAAAAAUGGACAAAUUAGCAAAACUAUUAAAUUUACAAGUUGUUGGUUUUUUUUACGCUUAUCCAGAUAUUGGGGUAGAUUUAAAUGAAGCCAAUCAAAAAAAAAAAAAUUUUAUAAAAUUAAAUAAAAAAAUUAAAACAUUAAAUCAUGAUGAAAAUGAAAUAUUUAUACCAAUGGGAGGAAAAGAAGUUUUUUUAGCAUUGAAAGUUAUGAAACAAGUUCUGACCGAAUUGAUCCGAAAAAAUAAACACGAAAAAAUAACAAACGGAGAAGGAAAAAAAAAUAAUGAACAAUAUACACAUCAUGAUAAAAAUCGUGAUAAAAAUUGUGAUAAAAAUCGUGAUAAAAAUUGUGAUAAAAAUCGUGAUAAAAAUUGUGAUAAAAAUCGUGAUAAAAAUUGUGAUAAAAAUCGUGAUAAAAAUUGUGAUAAAAAUCGUGAUAAAAAUCGUGAUAAAAAUCGUGAUAACGAUAAUGAUAACCUUUCACAUAAAGACAGUAAAAAAGGUCUUGAACAAGUUAAUAUCGAAAAUAAAGGAAAAAAAAAAAAAAAAAAAUAUAAUGAAAAUUUAAAACCAUUUAUUAUUUUGUCUGUUGGAAUGAAUAAAAAAUCAAAAGGAAUUAUUGUUGAAGCAUAUGAAAUGAAUAAUGAUUUAAUCAAAUUAAUAAACAAUGAUAUGAUUAAAGAUAUUGAAAAACAAAAUAGUAUAUUGCAAUUUGAAAAAAAACAAAAUGUAAAGGAAACCAAAAUAAAAAAUUUUGAUAGUGAAAUAGAUCUUAUGAACGAACUAUAUUUAAAAUGUAAAAAUAAUAUUUUUAUUAAAAAAAUCGAAAUAAAAAAAGUGGACAUUUUAUUUUGUGUAAAUAAUGUUCCUAUAUUUUCCCAUAAAAGUAGUUAUAACUAUUUUUUCCCUUAUCCAAAUAAUUCAAAUUAUUAUAAUAUUCUUCAAAAGUUUAAUAACACAAUAAAAUCAUUAAAAAAUAAAACCGAAAUUGUAAAUCUUUUUAAAGAUUUGAAUUUUCUUUUUUUCUUAACAAACAUUUUUUCAAUCCAAGAUGAUUUACCUUAUAUUUGCAAAGUCAUAAAUAAUGCAAAUAAUUCAUUAAGCAUACCAGAUCAAUAUAUACAAAUUUUAAAAAACCUGUCCAAAAAUACAAAUUUCAUUAUUUGA